UGUUAUUUAUUAAUCAAAUUUUAUUUUUCUUUAUUUUUGAAGCGGAACCUUUGUUCGCCUCUGUGUUCGGGGGACUGUAAAAACUGUAGCUCACAACAUCCGGCCGGCUUCUGCGGCAGAACCGGGACCCAGAAAUGAAGCACGUCGUUCAGUUCCGUUGAACUGUUUGUUUCUGAUCUUCUUGCUCCCGUCCGGACCAGCAGAACCAGAACCAGAACCAUGAGCCGUCUGAGUGCCGCUGUCCCGGCCGAGCAGUACCUCGCGGACAGCCAGGUUCUGUUCUACCUGAACGAUGCUGUGACCCAGCUCCUGGAGCACAGAGAGGAGUACACCCAGUUCGGCCUGGUCCGGUACUUCGCCGAGUACUUCAGCAGUGUGAAGAACAGCAACCACGUCCUCUUCAGGGAGUUCAGCUACAUCAGAGCCACUCAGCACAACCGGGCGUCCUUCAUCAGGGUCUUCUGGAGGAGCUUCAGGCAGAUCGGCAGGAGCGGAGAGCUCCUGUCGCUCCUGGAGUACCGCUCCCUGCUGCAGCUGCUGUGUCCGGACUUCCCUCUGGAGCUGGUUCAGAGCGCAGCCAGGAUGGUUCUGAUGGACGAUGCCACCGACUGUCUGAUGUCCUUCUCUGACUUCAUUUAUGCCUUCCAGCUGCAGCUCUACUACCAAGAGUUCUUAGAGAGUCUCCUGCUCGUCUACCAGGAUCUGUUGGCAGGGAAGAGUCCCAAUACCGUCAUCGUCCCCACCUCCACCUCCGUGGAGCAGCUCCAGUCUGCGGUGGCGGAGGAGGAGAACGAGAAGGAGGAGCGGCAGCAGGACGGCGUGGAGACGUCCACGCUGUCCCAGUGUGUGGAGGUCCUGUGUGACCGCUUCAAGUCCAGCCACCCCUCCAGGUCGUGUAUGAAGGAGAUCUUGGAGCAGACAGAUAAAGUUUCUUACUCCAGUUUCCUCCUGAGUCUCAGUAAACAUGAGAGCAUCAACCAAAGCAUCGGAGCGUUACCCAGUAAGGCUGAGGUUCUGAUCGACCCAGAGAUGGACCAGGAGCUGGACAAACUGAUCGCUCAGAUCUCCGUGAGUCCCAGCAGCAACAGCAGCGGCAGCGCCGUGGGGGGGCUGAAGGAGGCGCAGAGGAGGGCGUCGCCCCGCAGGAACAUCCACCACCGGAGGAGGAUGGAGGUGGAGAGCGACGGCUCCACCGAAGAGACCGACUCCUCUGAAAACUGACGUCUGACCUCCUCCUGAACCUACCUUUGUUUGUUUGUUUGUUUGUUUAUUUAUUAAAACACACAGUGUCAUCUGAACCAGCUUUCUUCAGCUGCGGUCAGUCACGAUCACUAACAGGAAGUUGACAGACCCUGUCAAAUUAAAAGCCCUUCUAGAGCCCUCAGCAGCACUGAACACGUUGGUGAAUGUUUGGAUGGAUCUGAUUGUGACCUGUGAGUCAUUCAAACCUGGAGACAAAUAAAUCAAUAAUCUGAGAUUAAGGUCCAUAAUCUGAUGUGAACAGUUUUUACCUUCAGUUUUAAAAAGGUUUGUUUUUGUUUCAUGAGACGGUUGAGAAAUGGACUCACCUGCUGAUGGAUCAAUGAAAACAUGACUAAUAAAGAUUUAAGUGAAAAAGUU